AUGAAUGUGCUUAAGUGUUCAGCUGAUUUGACGUUGAUCAGCGAUGAGAUGUCGAUUAGGGACGUGAUUCGUGAUAUCGUCCGCAAGGGUCCGCAUGAGGAUCCGAUUCUUGUGCUAGAUCUAGAUGAUGUAGUGCGCAAGCAUUAUGGCUGGUAUGAGCAGAUGCCACGUGUAAGUCCUUUCUAUGCGGUGAAGUGCAAUGACGACCCACGAAUCUUGAAGACAAUGGUAAAGCUCGGACUCGGGUUUGACUGUGCAUCGAAGGGUGAGCUGGAGCGUAUGCUCGACUUGGGUGUGGAACCGGAGCGGAUUAUCUUUGCUCAGCCAGCAAAAUCCAUACCGUCCCUGUUGUAUGCGCGCUCGAAACAGGUGUCCGUCAUGACGUUUGAUAGCGCGAUCGAGUUAGAGAAGAUACAUCAGUACUAUCCAGAAGCCCAACUGGUGUUGCGAAUACGUCACGAUGCGGUAAAGGUGCGCUGUUUUUUGGGCAAGAAGUUCGGUUGUGAUUCUGUCAAUGAGGCACCGGCGUUACUGCGUAAGGCGGCCCAACUGAGGUUGACCGUGGUCGGCAUUAGCUUCCACGUGGGGUCAGGUUGUGACGAGCACGAAGUUUACUACGAUGCCGUAAAGAUGGCCCGGAGCCUGUUUGACUACGCCAAGACUAUUGGUUACGUGCUGAAUCUUCUGGAUAUCGGUGGUGGGUUCCCGGGCGAAAAAAAUAAACCGAUCGAUAGGUACGCUCAGGCAGUGAAUCGAGCUAUCGAUCAUUACUUCCCAGAGAAGGAAAAUGUCCGAAUAAUUGCGGAACCUGGUCGUUAUUACGUAGCCUCCGCGGUCACGUUGGUAUCGUUUGUGGACUCUAAACGUAUUGUGACAGAUCGCCUUGAAGAUGGAACCGACCGGACAAGGAUUUUCUACUAUAUCAACGAUGGUAUAUACGGGACGUUCUAUAGUACAGCAUACGAAGCUCAAGAAACGAUCCCUAUCGUACAGCGCAAGGCCAACGCCAAGGAGUACAGUUCAUCUAUUUGGGGCCCAACUUGCAGUCCUCUCGAUAUUAUUUUACGGGACAUACAGCUGCCGGAGCUAGACAUCGGGGACAGUGUUGUGUUCGAGAACAUUGGAGCAUACUCGACGGUAAGAGCUUGCCAGUUCAAUGGAUUCCCUCUGCCGAAGGUCAUCGCCUACCUACGUGAAGGAACCUGGAAAAUUUUGAAAGAUGUCAACACUGUUCCUUUUCCGGCGCAAAUAUCUCCAAUGGCAUACACCUCGGCACGCACGACAGCUACACGAUCCCGGUAG